GUGGCGGGCUUCCUGUGGAGUUCAGGCGCUGCUUUCAGCUCCCCAACUUGUCUUGUUUCGUGGAACUACGACGUGUUUAGAGUGAGGAAACUGUUGAGUAUAUGUCAAAGUAUUUCAUUGGUAGCUCACGUCGUGUUCAAACAUAGGACGUUCAGGUCGGACGUCCCGCUUCUCUGACGGUGCUGAAUUAAUUACCCCAGAUGGUCUUGAUUUGAGCUGUCCUCGAGCAGAAUUGGGACACGACCCUGCACUGUCAAAUAAAUGGCAGAGAGUUUUUACAAAUUAGAAGAUGAAGCCUUUCCCAGUUUCCUCGGCAGGUCUUUGGACAGCACCAAUGGCCGUGCCACACUGGGGAAUGUAACACUGGGUUCAGGGCCCGGACUACCUGUGGCUGCUUCUACAGUGGCUAAAAUGAGACCUCAGUCUGAUAACAGAGACGGUGGUGAUGCCUCAUAUCUGGAGGAAAGUGAGUUGGAGCAUGCCAACUCACAAUUAUCAGAAGACAAACAGGCCAAGUUUGCACUCAGCUUCAAAGAUGACUUGGACAAUGCAGACGACUUUAUUGCAGCACAUCGUUUAUCAGAAAUGCUGAUUAAGAUUAACCUGGAUGAAAGUGCAUCCAGAAACCAAGGAUCCCUCCUGGGUCUUCUUCCAACUCAGAUGGGCUCAGUCCAGGGCAGGCACACAGAACAUCCUACAGAUCUUCCAACAGGUCUCCUAACAUUUGCUCAGUAUGGACACAAGGAUUGUACAAAUAAAAAGGUCCCAUCCCUGCAAGCUACUACUGACAACAAUAAUGUGCCAAGUGAAGCAGCGGACAGUGACCAUUUUAGUGGCAGCUCCAGUUUUUUGGAAAAUGAAAAGCUCAUGUCUGUGGACAGCAUGAACAGUGACAUUACAGAUGAUGAAAUUGAGUUGAACAACUUGCCUGACGACGAGUUGGAACUCUACUUCAGAAAACUGGUGCCUUCUGCCAUGCAAAGGGGCACAGUUGAGGGGCAAGAGCUCCCUGCCACAGUGCUACCUCGGACAUCUGAUGACCGAUCCAAUUCAAGUUCCAUAGAGCCUGAACAGUAUGGACACCAGAUCAUUGAUGACUAUGAUCAGGACAACUUCCAGAUGCCUGUUGUGCGUCUGGCUGCCACAGGUAUGGACUCCUGUCCUGCUAGUGACGAGGACACUGAGGAUGAGCUUGAGUCUGCCAGACAGACAAGCAAUUCCACUAAAAACAAGCUACUACCAAGCAUAUCCAGACAGUUGGUUGGUGAAAGUAAUCAUCCCAGUUUCAGGCCAGGUUUAGAAGGGGGAAGUUCUGAUGAUGAGUGGUCAAGUGGCCUAGGCGGUCCAUCUCUGUCUGGGAUUGAACACAGACGAUCUGCCGAGGGACGAGUUAUUAACCCUCCAGUCACAGGGGACGGAGGUGGUGGGGAUGGGAGCAGUGGGAGUGAAGAAAGUGGAAAUGAUAGGGGAGUUUCAACAAUCCCUAUUCCAACAACAAAUGUCCCAACCACCUAUGAUGUGCUGCGCGGGCUGGGGAUUGUGGGUAGCAGCGCUGUUGGGGAAGAUGGAGACGGUGGUGCUUGCAGCAAUCUCACAGGACAUGGAAGGAACAACUGUUGUACACAUGCAGAGAUGGGUGACCGUGUGGGUCCUGUUGGAAACGGUGAAGCCAGCACCUCUAAAACUUCAUCAGGGGGAAGUCAUACACUCUCUCCUGUGAACUGGAGCAUGAUUAUGGACAGACAGGAGGCACUGGAUGCCAUGGAAAACACUGAGUCUAGGAUGACAUCUGAGCGAGCUGGCUCUGCUUACGUGAAAAGUGAAACUGGACUCGGGAGAUCUUUGCAAGAAAAGUCAAAUUUUUCCCAACUUCAAGUUACCCAAGACAACUUCCACAACUCAAAGGUGCCGCCUUCGUCGAACUUAAGAGGAGGGCCGUGUGGUAACACUUCUGCAGCUGAGGCCUCAGAUGUUACCAGUGAGGAAGAUAACGAUUAUCUUUCUACCUCCCUGGAGCCAAAAUAUUUCUGUCAAGGAGUGGCAGAGGAGCAAGAUCAUGAAUGGAACACCUGUCCAGACAGCGUGGAAUUGGAGUUUCAGAAAGGUGCAAAUGCCCCUCAUAGUGUGGUGUACCAAAAUGAAGAAGGGCAGUGGGUAACAGAUCUAGCUUAUUACAGCUCCUUUGAGAAGGAAGUUGAUGAGAAGGCAACACAAAACGAUGGGCAAUUUCAAACUGAGGACUUUGUUUCCGCCGGUGAUGCUUUCGAAAAGAUAGUCAAAGAUCAAGAGGAGUUUGAAAAGGAGCACCAAUUUAUGCAGGAGGAGCAGAUUGUCCCAGAUAGCAGCAACAGUGCCUUUCAGAAUGACUCUUGGAAAGCUGGUACUAGCAGCCACAUCUUGAUGAGGGCCUCUCAAGUUUCCUCUGAGUUUAAUCCAGGGGACCAAAGCUACUUGCGACUGUCAUUAGGGCAGUUUUUUGAACAACGUUCUGAAGCCCUGGGCUGUCUCGGCAGUGGUAAUAACGUGGAUGCGAUUAAACGGCCAUCUUUUGGGUAUAUUAUAACUUCUCCAGAGAAGAGGGAACCAUUUGCACUAAUUCAGCCCUCUGACUUCCCAAAUGAGGAGAGCUUUCCUCACAGUGACUCCAUGGAAGUCAGCGAAACAGAUAAAACACUAAGUCCUGAUGAUCUGGACAAAACCUUUGUGGUUUCUGGUGAAAGGGUGUCACCAAAAGGCAACACAGAGCCUGGGCUUUGUGAACAGAAGGACCAUAAUUCUCUUGAAGCUCUUCUUGACUGCAACAUGGGGCCUGGCUCUGCGUCAAAUAUGUGGAAUCAGAGCGGCGUAUCACCCCAAAAUAACAGUAGCAAUCUUAUGCUGAGUAUCAGCACAAUUGCAUCAGCCAUUGCAGAUGCAUCCAUCAGUACUGACCCAUCGCAGCUGGCUGCCAUGAUCAUGGAGCUGUCCAAGAAAAGUAGGGCGAGGAAUCGGACAGAGCCCGCUCAACCUACAGGACCUGAGAAAUUCGUAGUGGAACCUCAUCCAGAUGAACAUUGCAACCCUGAUGAAGAUCAGAAUGGCCUGUCGGUCACACUACAAAGACGUACCUGUGUUGAAGAACAGAGUGCCCUCGACAUUGAGAAAUACUUGAAGAUUGACAUGUCUGGCUGCAGUGACACAUCAGUAGCACAUAAUACCUAUGACCUCACUGGCUGGGCUGACAUCAGCCGAACGCAGAAGACACAGACGGGCUAUAUUGAAGAACAAAGUUUAGCUAAACAAAUGGACAAUGAAACCGGUGCAGUAAAAGAGGAUAAAGUCACAAGAGUAGAGGCAACAAAGACUAGCUCUUCCAAAAUAUCUAAUGCAAAUACAUUAUCUUCUGAUGAUAAGGAUGAUCUUAAAAGAAGUUCUAUUCUUCGUCCUCAUUCAUCAGUCAGUUCUUUGGACUCGAGGAAAUCUUCCAUGCCCAGUGUCCCCGUAGAAAAAAAUGCUGCAUGUGACAACACUGUGUGUAAGACUGCAAAGACUAGUAUUUUCUCAGCAAGAGCAUCAUCAGUUUUUGGAACAAAACUAGAAGAGUUGAAUCCACAAAUAUCCCAUGGUGGUUGCUCCUCAGAGACAUAUCAGAGCAGUCAUAUGGGAACUUCUUCCUCUCCAAGGUGGAAGACGCACCAGUCAAAUACUCCGUGUCUUAAAGGUUCCUCUGCUCCAAUACAGAAAAUGAGUAGCACUGUCCAGCAGCAGGGAGUUAGACAGAGUAACUCUCCAGGAAAGAAAACGCCAACCAAAAUCCUCAUGGCUGUUCCUCUGUCUCAUUGCUCUGUGGAAAAACAUGUUGGCUUCUCCUUCCAAAACACUCCAGGCGACUGUGCAUCCGCGCUGCCAACAGAAUCCUGUGGGGAGGAGAGACAUUGCGACUUCAGGCCCUCCACUUCUCCUCUAACUCACUCCUCACCAAGUCAAACUUCACCACCUGAAGCUAAUAGUACUGGGUCUCCUUCGGCAGCUAGUGGCAUUCUGGCAGGCAAAUGCCCAGGUCAUGACCUCUCUCCUCAGUCAACCUGCUCCAGCCCCAGUCUCAGCAGGCUUACAUACAUCUCAAUGAAUGAUGCCACUGUUGUACCGACACCUGGAAGGCAAAAGAGUGAUUGUACCAUGGCGCUCAGCACCACAAUCAUCAGAUUCAGUCCAACUCCGCCUAUGGAACAAGGCCCACAGUCUAAUGAGAAUAUAUGCAGUCAUUCCAAAAGCCUUGAUGAAGUGCAGUCGAAGCACUCUAAAAGUCUGGAACAGCUACCAGCGCAACACUGUAAAAACCAAGAUACCACGUGUGGUGGCUCUAAUCUGACCUGUACCCGCAGCCAGAGUGAAUGUAGCUAUGCUGGUGAUAAAAUUGAUGGUCUUUCAGCAAACUGCAGGAACUGUAAGAACACAACUGAGUCCGAUGUAAAGCAUCUCACAAAGGUUGACUCGGGCUAUAUCAGUAAUUCACACAUUCCACAAAGUGUCACAACAGCAGCUCCUCAUACAUCUGAACAGUGGGGAUCUGCCAGCUCCAUCCCAUCAUUAUUUUCUGGUGGGCUUGGCAUACCACAAUCUUACUCAUCAGAGGGACUACACUACAGGCCCAUCAAAUUUAAGACUCCGCAUCCUGGCUUGAUUGACAUCCCCCACCAAGGAGAUAUGGAGUCCCUCUUGGCUGGCCCCCUCGUUAACUCCCAACUAGCUCAGCAGUUUUUCGGACCUAAUGCUCCAUUAAAUCCUGGCAUCUAUCAUAUGGGAGCAACUGGAACCGGUCUCUACAGUGUGCCUUCUUCAGAUGUGGCCAAUGGUGACCCAAGAGUGAGGCACAUCCAUCCAACAGCACAACCUUUGGGGAUAGCUAGUGCUACUGGGUCUCAUCACCUUUCAAGAUCCACUCAGAGUCAUCAGGACAUGGGAGUGCUGGGAAAACUCUACAACCAAUAUGGUGGAGAACCAAUGGUGACAAGUUGUCUUGAUGAGCUAAGAGUUCAAGUGGUGGUACCUGAGGAGCUGCAGUUUCCUCAUGCCUGUUGUGUGGGAAUUGCUUCACAGACCUCCCUAAGCAUCUUCAACCCCUCUGAAAGAUGGCAACAGGUUUCAAUAACAGUUACAAGUCUGUCCAUUGAUGGAGAAAAGGUGGUUAAUUUGCCUUACCAAUGGCUGAUCGUUAAGAGCAAGACAAUCAUUGGCCCCAAAAGUACAGAAGAACAGAAAGUGUUGUUCAUUCCUCCAAAGGCUGGUGUCUACCAGUGUGUCCUCAGUGUUUGUUCUUGGCCUACACCCACCAACAGAGAAGUGGCUGACAGGGCCAGUAUUUUUGCCAGAAGGGUGGUGCUGGUUGCCAUUGCAGAAAAUCCUUCAGUGGAGGUUGAAGUAGGUAAUUCUGGAUGUUUGGAUUUUGGAGAUUUGCCAGGGGGCAGUUCAAAAUCCCUUCUUCUGAAACUUCUCAAUAUGACCCGAGCCACAGUGCCCAUCAGACUUGUCAUCAGUGCUAAGGCUACAGCAUGGCGUUGCUUCACGUUGUCCAAACAGCAAGUUUCCGUAACAUCGGAGGCCACGCAACCAGCAGGUCACAUGGCCUCACUGUCUACUUCUGUGGUGAAUCAUGUGAUGCAUGCCAACUACGGAGAGAAUCCAGAGUGUUUUAUGGUUUGGGUUCACUUCAAGGCCCUGCAAAAGUACACAACCUCUUCAGGAGACUUGGGUCCGGCUGAAGACUACAGUGCUCGCGUGGACAUAGAAGUUGACUCUCCUGGUGCGAGUCAUGUGAUCAAAAGUAUUCCCAUCAGAGCUAGGUCUGGAACCGUGAGGGUCCAUGCACCAAAGGAUCUCCAGACUGUCUGCCUACGUGCUCCACUGGGUAAAUCUUGUCAAACGACACUGCCGUUAAAGAAUGCAGGAAACAUUGACGUGUGGAUGAAACUCAAGUGCAAUGAAGACUGUUUCUCAGUGAAACCUGAUGAACUGUUCCUCACAGUGGGAGAGGAGCAAGGCAUAGUGGUCUCAUUUAAGCCGCGGGGCUCCAAGAAAUACAAAGCAAGCCUUCUUACUAUCUUGGUGCUGCCGUCAGGCCCCCAGUAUGAAGUAAAACUGAAUGGAGAGGUUGUCUCAGAAGAAUCUGUCACCUCUGCUGCUCCUGUCCUUAGUUCUUGUCUGGGCAGUGAUGUUCCGCCGAUUCUAUCUAACAAGCAGUUUGUGGCCUGGGGAGGUGUCACCUUGGGGCGAGCAGUUCAGCAGAAACUGGUUCUAAGAAACAAUUCAUCCAAUGCUACUCAGCAGCUUCGGUUACUUAUUCGUGGUCAAGACCAGGACUGUUUUCAGCUGCAGAGUUUGUUCAGUCCAGAGGAGCGUUUGACCCGUCACGGAGAGCUGUCCAUUCGCCCACAAGAGGACGUGACCAUCCACCUGCUCUUUGCGCCGACUAGGGUGGCCUGCAUGUUAGCCAAGUUGGAGAUCAAACAGUCUGCAGUCCGGCCAUCACAGCCAGGGGUCAAAUUCACUAUUCCCCUAUCAGGCUACGGUGGCACCAGCAAUAUAAUUCUGGAGGACCAGAGAAAGCAGGCGGAUGGCUAUGUGGUGACAGUGUCAGACAUUGCUAUUAAUCAUGUUAGCAAGGUAUGCCUGUGUGUAAGAAACACCGGUUCCAGAGCGGCUUUCAUUAAAGCUGUAGCCUUCUCGGAUGUAAUGACUCGGUCAGUUAUGGACCCUUUCGUCAUCAGCUUAGCACCAUCACAGUUUGUUCUAAAAGAAAGGACACAAGAGGCAAUCACAGUGCUCAUGAAGUCUACCCAAAGAGAACAAACUCUGUGUCAGUCAGACACACCUCUGCUGGCUACUGUUGUUCUGUUUUGUGGAGAUGAGGUCUCGAGGCAGCAGUACCGGAGACUUCUUCAAAGCAAACCAGAUGCUGGGCAGAAAGUUCUUGCUGAAAACAGUUUGCUGAAAAUCAUUGACUUCAAUGACAAGUUCCUAGGAGAGGAGAUCACUACAGAGCCGUUUGACCUGCCUCAGCGACCAAAUGAGGCCUACAUCUUCUACGGACACGUGGGUAAAGUGGCAGUGUCAUUACUAGGAAGCACAUAUAGCAAGGAGUAUGAGCAGAGCGACAGUCCUGAGAUGAUGCUGACCUCUGCUAUACAAGACUUGGUAACAGAAAGUGGCAUGGUAAAUGGUAAUGUGUCUUUGGACGUGCUGCCAGUGAAGGGUCCCCAAGGUCCGGCAAUUAGAGUGACAGGGUGCUCCUUAAAGACCUCAGAGCCAGCACUGAGACAUUCUGGGUCAUGGACUGUCCAUCCAGAACAGCUUGUCCUCGGAGCUCCAACUAUGAAUGCUGUAGCUAGCACAAAUCAGGUCCAGAUCAAGAACAAUACCUCCAGAGAGUUGAGCUUUGAUUUGUCCUGGCCUGCUCAUUACCUGACUAUUACUCCUCAGCAUGGAGUCAUCGAGCCACAGUGCCACCUGCAGAUUUUGAUCAGCCCCAACCCUUCCCUCGCAAGCAAAUCUGACAUGCUCCCUUGGAACGGGACGAUAUAUGUCUUAUGUGAUGGUCAACAGAAGCUAAUCAAGGUCCAGAUCCGUCAAGAUCUGGUGCUGGAUGUUUCCGCUGCUCCAGGAGAUGUGACUCUGUCAGCCCUGCCCCCUCAGGCUGCCACCCCUGUGUUGCCUGCGGUCAGAAUAACCUCAAAGUCCACGCUGCCCUUGUCACCACUGCAGUUACCUCAAGCUCUGGUCGAGAUCCCCAACAAAAACAUCAUCUUCUCCGACACACCUUCAGGAGAAACAUCAGAGACACAUUUGGAUGUGGAGAAUGGAGAAAUGGAUGUUAGGUGGUACAUAUCAUCAUUUGCUCCUCCCUACGUUAAGGGAGUUGAUAACAGUUGUGAUGUAUACCGGGCCACCUACACAGCUUUCAGGUGUUCGAGGGUCUCAGGCACUUUGGGAGCCCAUGAGAAGAUGCAGGUGCCCAUUACAUUCCUGCCAAGGGACCGAGGUGACUAUGCUCAGUUUUGGGAUUUGGAGUGCCACCCCUUGUCUGAGCCCUUGCAGAAAUAUAGGAUCCGCUUUCAACUAUGUGGCACGGGGAUCAACUCUGGACCAAUAGAAGGCCUUCAGGAAGGAGAUUGUUCUUUGGUAAAAACAGAGACCACAAUUAAGACAAGGAAGAAAGCUGAAGUUUCCACAAGCAAAACCAGUGUCAACCAGGAGGAAGCAGAAUGGAGGGGUGUUUAUACGCCUCAGGAUGUUUAUACUUUCCCUGAUACGCGUAUUGGCGAGUUCAGCUCUCUGAAGGUCAACAUCCGCAACAACUCACCCAACACACAUGAGCUGAGGUUUGUAAACCCUAGGGAGCCCUUCCACAUCAAGCAUUCCAAAUAUUCCCUGAGAUCCCAACACUAUCUGAAACUGCCUGUUCAGUUCAAGCCGAGCACUGCAGGCAGACACGCUGGCUUGCUGCUCAUCCAGUCAGAAACAAAUGGAAGUCUGGUUGUGCAGCUGACUGGACGUUCCUGUCUGUCAACACCUUCCUGACAGGAAAUGUGAAGACUGCAUUGGGACAUCUACGAGCCCCGGUCAAAAAUCCUCCAUCAUGGUUGUACUCGCACAAGCUAUAGCAAGAUUUGAGAUGAAUAGAAGCUGAGUAUUGUUAACUCUGAUUUAUCUCUUGCCGUCCAGCUGAGAAAACCUGUAAACGUGCGCAAAGCUUUUUUUUUUUUUUUUUUUUUUUUUGUUAGUGUGCAACAUUUGUAUUUCAGGCUAUUAAUUUUUGUCAAUCGGAAUAAAUGAAGUGUUAUUUUACUUUUAUCAGAUCUGCUAUAACUCUGUAAUGUCACAAGAUGCAUUUUUGUUGCCACAGAGGAAGCACUCAUUGAAAUACAUCGAGGAUAUAAUUUGUCUUAUAUGGAAAUGGUGUUACAGGAAUGCCUUUGUACCCAGUAUGGCAUCAUGCCUGGAGGGAUAUUCGUUUUUGGACUAGCUACACAAUGUCAUGUCUGUGUUACUCUAGUUAACUUCUGUAGUCAACUCAUGGUGAUAAUAAGGACACGGCACAUUAAAGAACAGGUUACCCCCAGCCCCUACCCAGCAGGCACACUCAACUGUGAGUCUGAAGAGUUUUCAGCCUCUUUCUAUGCAGAUGGCAUAGAAGGGCUCACAUAAUGGCAAACAUCCAUAACUUAUGUGCACGUGGCAUUUGAUUACCGUAUGUUGUCUACCCAGCAAUAUUUAGAACACUAUUCCAAAAAAUCCACAUGUACUCAGUUCAUCCAUGAUGAUGGUUUGGGAUCAGCUCACAGUAACACGUUUGGUUAAUGAUUAAGUACUUGAGGGUUUUGUCCGUUGGGGUUAGACUGGACAGUUGUUUUGACCUGCUUAAUGGAGUUACCAUGGCAAAGCUGUGUUCAUUACUUUUCCACUCGCAAAAAUAAGCACUCCACACAGAGUAUUGUCUGUUUUUUAGUAGCUUAAAAUGCAUAGGUGCUGUAUGUGAACAUUAGGAAGUUCUGUUAAAAAUUUUUGAUUCCACACACCUUUGACCAGUACACGAUUUACUUGUCUGUAUAGUGAAUUUCAAGGUGAAGGCUGUGGUGCUACCUACAAUAUCUGGCAAUGCCUAUCUAGCAUUCAUUGAUUCAUAAUUUUCACAAUCUUUAAAUGCAAUGUGUAAUAUAGUGUGUAUAUUUAAAUAAACAUUUUUAAUAAACA